AUGCUCGCUAAAGAGAUUAAUCUUGGCCGGUUCACACUGUCUCCAAGGGUUUUUCAAGUUCUAAUCAAGUACUGUAAACAACUGAAGGUUCUGUGCCUGGGAUCCGUAACUUUUGUUGAAGACUUUCUGGUAAAUGCGGAAUCAUUUCCGAGGCAUCUCACAAAGUUGGAUAUUCGCCACAGUUCUGGUCACCCGAGCGCCUUCACGGCUAUUAGUCAUUGUCUACAAAGUUUACAGUGUUUCGGCCUUAGUAAUUCAUUUUUCGAAAUUCUCAAAACAGAAGUCGACAAACGUCAUUUGUUUUCCUCGUUGCAGGCUGUGAGAAUACUCGAGUUCAGUUAUUGUACUUCGCUCACAGAUCAAAUGCUCCGCUAUCUCGCGGACAAUUGCACGAAUCUUCGAUCGAUCUGUCUCAGAAGAUGCAACAACAUCCGGGGACUGAGUCUCCCUCUGUUAGUCGAUAGCUGUUCGUCACUGACUUCGCUAGUGCUCGAUGGAACGAGUGUUUCCGACGACGCUGUUAUACCGGUUCGCUGGGAGAGGUCGGUGAUUACCGAAGUCGAUCUCUCGUGGUGUCGACAUCUGACUCAAGCUGGUCUCAAGUCCAUGUUGCCUCGUUGCCGUUUUCUUCGAUAUCUGCGUCUGUGCUGUUGCGGAUAUGGUCACGCAAUCACAGACCAGGUUCUUGACGCCAUGCUUGAAAGUCACGCAAUGCUUCGAAGUCACUGCAAUUCGCUUCAAGUCCUGGAUCUGAGUUACAGCAGUGAAGUCACGAACAGUGCGCUUGCGCAGUUUGUAGUGAGCUCUCCUUCGCUGCUCUAUCUCAGAGUUUACCACUGUCAGAAGCUGACUUCCGCAUUUGUGAAUCUAAUUCCCAGUGACUCGCAAGUAUUCGUGGUCGCUAACUUUGCGUUGCAGCGAGGAGGUUUGGUAACAAGCGCUACCUUAGAGGAGCCUUGGACACUAAUGUCCGAAACGCCGGUGAACUACUCAAGAACAGCAAGCCUGGAUCAGAGUCUACGACAGGACUAAACAACUACCUUGGAAAAAAGCCCUGAGGAAAUGUCCUACUUCGCUAUGAAAGCAAACCGGAGGGGGAAAGUCAAGAGAUGGGAAUUUGGGGAGGAAGUUGAGGAUAGUUAAAGUAGAUUUUAAUUAUUGUAUCUAAUUAGAAACCGUCGUGGUGGAGCCUGAAAAUUGCGUUAAAACUUAGAUUUCCAAGAUAUCCAAGUAUUUAAGUA